AUGCAGCCACCUUUGUCUAGUGACGGUGGUCCAAACAGAGAUCCAACCUCUUACGAUAUGUUUUCCGGCCACUUCCCCGAGGGUUUAAGGGUCCUAGUAUUUGAUGAAGAUUCGGCAUAUCUGCAAGAGUUGGAAAAGCAUCUCCAAGAUUUUCAAUACCAAGUGUGCAUAUGCAAUGAAGAGAAGCGAGCCAUGUAUCUACUCCGCAACCAUAGGAAUAGAUUCGAUAUCGCUAUCAUCGAAUCACACAAUUCAAAGGGUAAUAGAUUCCGGCUAAUCUCGGAAAUUGGAGUGGAAAUGGAUCUUCCAAUCAUUAUAAUGUCUAAAGACGAUUCCGUGGAAUCAGUGGUCGAUUGGAUGAUGAAUGGUGUUUGCGACUAUCUUAUAAAACCGAUAAACCCUAACGAUUUAAGAAUGAUAUUCAAACACGUGGCAAAGAAGAUACAAGGACGGAGGAGUGUAGUUGCCAGAGAGGAGGCAGAAGAAAAGGUGGCAGGAGCUGCGGAGAAGUCAUCUUCUGUGGGAGAUUCCACCAUAAGAAAUCCUAACAAGAGAAAAAGAGGCAUUGAGGAAGAUCAUGAUGGUACUUCCUCCUCCAAGAAAAGACGAGUGGUGUGGGAGGAUGACCUUCACAAAAAGUUUCUCGCCGCCGUGGAACAGCUUGGCCCCGCCAAUGCUUUUCCAAAGAAAAUUGUAGAGUUGAUGAAUGUUCCGAAUAUCUCUCGAGAAAACGUAGCCAGCCAUCUCCAGGAUUGUAGACUUUAG